AUGCCAGACCCGCCGGUAGCCACUAUGGAGCUGGGACGAGGCGUCUCCUCCGUGGUCAGGGAAGGUGAAGACGUCUACUUUAACUGUAAUGUUGACUCGAACCCUCCAACCUACAAGAUCUCCUGGUUCAGGAUGGACGAAGCCAUCGUUCACUCACCAGAGGACGGGAUCCUGAUCAGCGGCAACAGUUUGGCAAUUCGAGGAGUAACGCGUCAUCAGGCGGGGCCUUACAUGUGCUCAGCUUCCAAUGUCGAGGGAGAUGCUCACAGUCCACCGCUGAACCUCUCAGUUAAUUUAAAUAGUUCCUGCAAGGUUAUUGCUGUCUUCACUGCAAUAUGGUCGCUUAGAAAACGAGUGGCACUGUCUAUUGACAGCUUCGUCUUUCAGAUCUUCGUUAAGUUGAAUUCGGCGGCUGUGUAUGAGUCGUUGGUGACGAAAUUCCAGCAUGUGAGUCUAGAUGCAACCCCGGCUGUAAGAGUGCGUCUCAUAGACGUCUCUCGCCAUUAUACGUGGGUGAAGUUGCGCAACGUCCCCGUCGAGGCUGACGAGGCUGACAUAAGGAACAUGUUUGAGGCGUAUGGUACGGUGCAUCUGGCAACCCAAGGCAAGUGGGCGGCAGGUGUAUACAUGGGCCGUCCGGAGGGUACAUUUUCCCUCAAAAUGACUCUGAGGCAUCCGAUCCCGUCUUACGUUGUGAUGAAAGAGUUCCGGACCCAGAUUCUUGUGUCUUAUGCUGGGCAGCGACGUACGUGCAGGCUGUGUGGGGAGUACGAUCACAUGGCGGCAACGUGUGUGCAACAGAGGGGGAUGGUGCAGACUGGUGGAGCACCAGUUAUAGGUGUGGAUGCCGUCGUGGAGAGUCCCACGGGCAAACGAGGAGGUGGCCGAAACAUUAAUAUCCCUGAAAUAACUUCCCAGCUACUCUCUUCCUCUCUUCCUCUGUCUUUUUCUCUGUCUGUCUGUCUAUCUGUCUGUCUGCCUGUCUCUCUCUCUCUCUCUCUCUCUCUCACUCUCAUCACUACCUUUACCAAAAUAUUCACUACACUUGCAGAUGGUGGGAGUGUGGUACAGUUCGUGGCGAGGACCCAUCAAGACUACGGUACUCUUCAGUGCUGGGCCCAGAACCUGGUAGGCAGAAUGGUUCACCCAUGUCUUUUCCACGUGGUGCCAGCAGGUCGGCCUGAACACCCGGUGGGGUGUUUAGUCAUCAACAAAACUAAGAUUGUAAUGGAAGGGCCGUCUGUCAAUAAGAUUGUGAUGGAAGGGCCGUCUCUCAAUAAGAUUGUGAUGGAAGAGCCGUCUCUCAAUAAGACUGUGAUGGAAGGGCCGUCUGUCAAUAAGAUUGUGAUGGAAGGGCCGUCUGUCUUUGAGGCAGUCACAGGUCGGAGUCAGGUCAACGUCACCUCCAAAUGGCCAAACUUUACCCUGGAAGGCUUGACUCCUGGUCUUGAUUACAUCAUACAAGUUGUCGCCAGGAACGUACUUGGCAGCUCCGACCCUGUGAAGCUGGAAGCAUUUACGUACAAAAUGGCUGAGAACCGAAUGCGUGACGAACAGGUAGAAGAAGGUGGUGAAGCCGGGCCAAUAGCCAGAGCGGUGUUGGUGGGCGUAGUGGUAUUGGUGGCGUUGAUGGUGGGGUUGGCGGGGAUGCGCUGUGUGUGGAGCAGAAGGAAUCACCACCACCCUCACCAACACUCCAGCAGAAGCACAAGGGAAUAUGCUUCAACGCACCCGCCUGAGGGAGGGAUGUCAGAUAUGACACAGACAGUAACGACAAUCUGAAACUGGUUGAAUGUCCCAGUGAAAUAAUCCGACGCUUGGGAAGUCUACUUUAGCAGCCUCUGUCGCCUCCAUCUCUGCUACUAAGCGUCGCCGAUACCCGCAUUUCUGAGACCUAUUUGAGACCGUAUAUUACUCUCAAGAUGUCACCGCUCACGGAGGAGAGGUCCACCCAUGUCCACCAGUCUGUGGCCAACACGACGUUCUGCCAGGUGAAGCCUUUCUC